AUGAACAUUGGUGAUAUUGGGUGGGUCGAAACUUGCUUUGUACCUUGGACGCUUGUCUUCAAGGCUGUCGGAAAGCACAAGUACACUACGGAGUUAAUUAAGCAUAUCACAAAUGUGCACUUUUUCUACCCCGAAGGCCUGAAGCGUGCCGUAUGGUAUUCUAUGCUUUUGCAAAACCUAUACACAAAGACUGUUCUGAUCGUACCUGGUUUGAAUCGCACUAUAGAAGCCAUCAUCAAGGAGUCAGUCCUCAUCAACAUCUUUUGCAAUGCACAUCUCACCUUGGAAAAGGACCUAGUCUUGAGUUACCUAUCAACUCAUCAUGCAGAUCCUGACAUGACGCAGACAUAUGCCACCCUUGAGCAACACAUGAGCCAGUACUUGCUGUACACCUUUGACCCAGCUCGGAAAAGUGCACAUCAACUGCAAGACAUGUUCAUGAAGGGUUUCGAGGCAUUAAAGCAGGUAAAUACAAGUACAAUGCAAGUGGCAAGUGCUACGGUAGAGGAAGUGGGCACUGAGGGUGCGGAGGAUGAGCAUGAUGACAAGCAGGGGAACACUGAGGAUCAUGAACACGACAUUGAUGACAAAAUAUAUCCUGAUGCCAAGGAUAUUAGCAUAGAGCUAGACAACCUGUAG